CCGUUUUCUAUUUCAAAGCGCUGCCCUCUACUCUUUCUAAUUGGGGUUACUGUCUCAUUUAUGGUUUUCGAUUACAAGACAACCCCAAGAUUGUGUCACGGCAGUAGGGUUUUAUCAUUCUUGAUUCUCCCCAAUUAAUCAUCGAUCAAAUUCGACGUCGGCCUUCCCCAUAUCAGAAAAUGUCAAAUCCACCAUUCUGAUCUUGUUUUGGCAUAAAGAUCAGAUUGGGUUAGUAGAACAUAGGGACGCAACGAGACUAGCGGCAACCGAGCUCCAUUAGGAUUGCUUUCAACUCCUGGAGCUCUGAGUCUCCGUCUCUUCUUCUGAUCGUCUGCCUCUCGACGCUACCAAUCUCGACCUGUGCCACAGCUUGCGAAGGUCCAAGAGAAAGUUGGGAUACAAAACAAAGCGAAUGCUCUGAAGUAAAUUGUAUGUGCAACUAGUGAUUGGUGCUCCCGUUCUACUAACAUGAGCAUUGAACCUUUCAACAGGUUAGUGAAGCUAGCGGCUAGGGCGUUUUAUGAUGACUACACAACAAAGGGAGAUAAUCAACAAAAGAUUGGGCGUAGUGAUAACAGAGGAAUGGCAGUGGUGAUUCUCGAUGCUCUCACCAGACGCCAAUGGGUCAGAGAAGAGGAUCUGGCGAAGGAUUUAAAAAUACACACAAAGCAACUCCGGCGCACACUGCGGUUUUUCGAAGAAGAAAAGCUGGUUACUCGUGAUCAUAGGAAAGAGACGGCAAAAGGUGCAAAGUUAUAUACUGCUGCAGUAGCGGCUACUACUGAGGUUCACCAUGGUAAAGAAGGGGAUGAUAAGGUUAAGCUACACACGCACUCAUACUGCUGCCUGGAUUACGCACAGAUAUAUGACGUUGUCAGGUACAGAUUGCAGCGCAUGAGGAAGAAAUUGAGGGAUGAAUCGGAAGGGAAAAAUACAAUUCAAGAGUAUGUGUGCCCCAACUGCGGGAGAAGAUACAAUGCUCUGGAUGCCCUGCGAUUGGUUUCCAUGGAAGAUGAAUUUUUCCAUUGUGAAAAUUGCAAUGGUGAACUUGUGGCAGAGAGCGAUAAGUUAUCUGUUCCAGAAGGAGGAGAUGCAGAUGAUAAUGCAAGGAGGAGGAGGCGCGAAAAAAUAAAGGACAUGCUUCAGAAAAUGGAUGUAUGUUUUCCUCUCUAGCUAUUCAGUUUGACUGUGCUGCUUGUAGGUGUAGAUUGCUGUCAUGCUGAUCAUGCAAAGAGGACAUGCAGUGAUGUUGAUGUGAAUUCAGAAAAAUGCAUAUUGUCAAUAAUAAUUCAUAUCUCUAGGGUAGUGUACAUUAGUGAAGUGGGUUCGAUUUAAUGUGUAGUUUCCGAAAUCUGCCUUAAACCCUCUCCCCAUGUGUCCCUAUAGACAUGAAUCAUAGAGGCCCCAGUUUUUUCAUACUGUUUUCUUUCUUUCUAGUAGUUAAGAUUUGGCAAUGUUAAGAUUUGGGUGUUUUAUUAUUUUAUUAUUUUUGCGAAUAACAGAUACUCUAGUUCUUCAGAGUCAACGUGUUUUUGUUUCAGAACAAGAUUAGAAAGGUAGGACUGGAAUGGAAUGCGUUUCGUUUUUAUGGUGACGUUGGCUUCACAGUCACUAGAUAACCCUUCUUGACUAAAUUGUUGAGUACUUCCUUACAUUCAUAUAGAAGUACUUGUUGAAUUGUCAAAUGUAUCCUUUAUCUCAAAUCAUUGCAAUUUUAAAAUGAUUUUUAUGGGCCAUUAGUUUUUUCACACAUUUAGUGUGAGGCUAUGCAUUUAGAGUUACUGGAACAUAUCCUUUCAUCGUGUUCAUAUUUUAACUUUCACGUGGUGGGCAUAUAAAUGGUAACAGACACAACUUAAGCCACUAAUUGAGCAACUGAACCUAGUGAAAGAUAUUCCUAUUCCUGAGUUUGGAAAUCUCCUAGCAUGGGAGGCUAGAGCAAGUGCUGCUGGUCGUGCUGGAAAUGGAUCUAAUUCAAAUGAUCCUUCAAAGUCAUCACAAGGAUAUGGUGGAGUACCAUUGCUAUAUCUUGGGGAGACGAAGGUUGAGGUGGCUUUUUCUGGUGUUGAUGGCAAGGAAGAGGAUGCCAAAUCUGUAAGUGCAGGCGUAGGGCUAAAAGUAUUACCACCAUGGAUGAUAAAACAAGGAAUGAACCUCACAGAGGAGCAACGAGGAGAGGUGAAGCAGGAGUCCAAGAUGGAUGGCAGCUCAUCAUCAGGGUUCUCAGAUGACAAGAAAACUGUCUCUGAAGAUGAUGAGAAAAAGAGUUUACAGGACGAGUACGCGAGAGCUUAUUAUGCUGCGAUCUUGGAGCAACAAGCAGCGCUAGAAGCUGCAAAUAAGCAACAGGAGGUGCUGGAAACUUCAGAUUUGAAUGGUCCUUAUGAAUCCUCGCCACAACGUCAAGUCGGGAUGAAGUUCAAACGUGAAGACAAUGAGGGAGAUGAUGAUGUCGACUGGGAAGAGGCCCCACUGGGAGGUAACGAGACAAGCGAAAGUUACAGGGUGCAUGAUUUGAACGAGGAAGCAAAGGCUACUCCAGAGGACGAGGAUGAUGAUAUAGACUGGGAAGAAGGGUAGUUGAAAGCCGAUGGACCUAAACACUGCUGUUCUUGGAGCAGAAGAUGCGCUACUCAUUGACUUCCUGAGCGCGUUGCAUUCUUUCGAAUAAAACACAGCAAUACAGCUCAAGUUUUAUUCUUGUCUUUCGAGAUGAAUUAAGGGGUGGAUUGUAUGUUUGGUCACUCGGUUUAUCAAUAUAUUAUGGUUACUUAACAAUUGGCAUUAAGAACGACCAAAAAAAUGCCUUUUUUUUUACACCAUUGCAUUGGUCCAUGCCUC